AUGAGUCUGAGACAUAUCGAAUGGCUCCGCUUCCCUCUUCAUGCUCUGCUAGUUCAGAUAAUUUCAAACUCUGGAGCUCACAUUUCUCAAUUUCUCCCAAAUGCUAUUCAGUCAAUAGUCGGAGCUCAGAUAAUAAGGAGCCUCAGGAAUGUCAACAUUCAAUCAGACGACAUUUACGCGUGCUUUACCAAGUCCACGAACAAGGCGAUAGAGGGAAAACCUUGGAAAACCUUCUACCUUUCUCCCAAAAAGGAUCAGACAAUCUUUACCGAUUUCGAUAGCUCCCAUCGAAAUUGGGAUAAAUACUUCUUUGCUGUUGGAGGAGCGUGGUAUCCUGAAUACCUGCCUCAAGAAACUUUUCCUUUGGCCAGGGUGUUUAUAAAAGAUUAUGACUCGGCUUUGCUGGAUCGAGUCGAUCCUGGCGCCGUGCGAGUUAGAUCGCAGAAGGGUGACAUGACCCUUAGCAAGAUUACAACAGCAUGUGCGAAGCAGCUGGGAACUUUUAUGAAGAAAUCUCCUCCUACUUCUUCAACUCUGUCUCUGUCGAAGACCGAGUGUGAAAGGGCGUGUUCUGAGACCUACGCCGCAUGUGCCAAACGUCAAGGGGUCCCAAAAGACGCCUUAGGAAAAAGAAAGGAGCGUGAGGAAUCCUCUGGUGAAGAUUCGGAUGAUGGGAAGUGCAUUUCAUCCAAGCUUCGGAUCCCAAAGGGUUCUGUCUCCACUGCUCAAGGAUCUCCCCUUGCAAUCCCCAAACUUUCCCCAGGAAAGUUACCAACAGGCCAGGCUCUAACGUUGUGCAAGAAGCCACGAGGAUCUGCCCCCGCUGGAUCUUUACCUGGGGCGUCUUCUACCCGCAUGUAA